UUUCUUUCGAAGAUCAGAGGUUAGAGGUCACAGCACCGAUUCAGCCGGCAAGGAUGGCGACCACACGAGUUUUCGGAGCUCUGCGAGCAAUUUCUCGGACAAAUUACACGCAUACCGGAGGUUGUCGAAGCAUGGCCAUGCCCAGGUAUUUUUCAGUGUCAUCAGUGGUUGCAGCCAAUAAGCAUGUCAGCUAUGACGUCAAGGAUGAGAUUGCUGUUGUACGAAUGAAUUCACCAGAUUCGAAGGUCAACACGUUGUCCAGAGAGUUCAACAGCGAGAUAGAAAGCAUCAUGGGUGAGAUCUGGCAGAAUGAUGCCGUCAAGGGCGUGGUUCUCAUCUCAUCCAAGCCAGACUGCUUCAUUGCAGGAGCUGAUAUCAACAUGCUGGCAGCAUGCAAGACAGCUGAAGAGGUGACGGAAUUGUCCACCAACGGUCAGAAGUUGCUAGCCAGGGUAGAGUCUAGCCCUAAGCCGGUCGUAGCGGCCAUCAUGGGCUCCUGUCUUGGUGGCGGUCUGGAGGUCGCGCUGAGUUGUAAAUACAGAAUUGCAGUGAAUGACAAGAAGACGCAAUUGGCCGCACCGGAGGUCUUACUAGGCAUACUUCCCGGGGCCGGGGGCACACAGAGACUCCCAAAACUGAUUGGUGUUCCUAGUGCCUUUGACAUGAUGUUGACCGGCAAGAAUAUACCGGCCAAGAAGUCCAAGUCCAUGGGCCUGGUGGAUCGCCUGGUGGAACCGCUCGGUCCUGGCGUGAAGUCACCACAGGACAGAACGCUAGAAUACCUAGAAGACGUUGCCGUCCAAGCAGCCAAAGACAUUGUUUCCAAGAAGCUGAAGACAGAAAAAGUCAAGGGACUCACACAAAAGAUGACAGACUACGUGAUGAGCCUGGACUUUGUCAAGAAGCAGAUCUACAAGAGGGUCCACGGAAUGGUCAUGAAGCAAACCAAAGGCCUGUAUCCAGCGCCGCUCAAGAUCAUCGAUGUGGUCCGGACUGGUCUUGAUCAAGGUCCCGAGGCAGGCUACCUCGCCGAGGCCCAGAAAUUCGGGGAACUAGGCAUGACCCCGCAUUCCAAGGGACUCAUGGGACUCUACACUGGCCAGGUCAUCUGUAAAAAGAACCGCUUUGGAGCUCCUGAGCGCCCAGUGAAAACGCUGAGCAUCCUGGGCGCCGGUCUGAUGGGCGCCGGUGUCGGCCAGGUCAGCAUCGACAAGGGAAUGCACAUCAUCUUGAAGGACAUGGCGCUGGACGGCCUGGCUAGGGGAGAGGACCAGAUCUACAAAGGGUUGAACAAGAAGGCCAAGAGAAAGAGAAUUACAACCUUUGAGAGGGACCAUCUGAUGUCCAACCUGACCGGCCAGAUUGACUACCAGAACUUUGACAAGUGUGACAUGGUGAUUGAGGCGGUCUUUGAGGACAUCAACAUCAAACACAGGGUCAUCAAGGAGGUGGAAGCAGUGGUGCCUGAGCACUGUGUGUUUGCAUCCAACACGUCCGCCCUUCCUAUCACCAAGAUAGCUGAAGCUAGCAUCAGACCGGAAAAGGUCAUAGGCAUGCACUACUUCUCCCCCGUCGACAAGAUGCAGCUCCUGGAGAUCAUCACGACAGACAAGACGUCCAAGGACACGGCCGCCUCGGCCGUCAACGUGGGGCUGAGACAGGGCAAAGUGGUCAUCGUGGUCAAGGAUGGUCCUGGGUUCUACACCACCAGGAUACUGGGUCCCAUGCUGUCUGAAGCUGUCAGAGUUCUGCAGGAAGGAGUCAACCCCAAGGAUCUAGAUAAGUACAGCACCUCCUUUGGCUGGCCUGUGGGCACGGCCACCUUGGCCGAUGAGGUCGGCAUCGACGUGGCGGCACACGUGGCCGAGUUCCUGGGAGGUUCCUUCGGCGCACGGUUCGCAGGCGGAGACAUCAACGUCUUGAAAGACAUGGUCAAGGCGGGCUUUUUGGGUCGGAAGUCGGGCAAGGGUUGCUUCGUCUACGAGGGCGGCUCCAAGAACCGCGAGGUCAACCCAGCGGCCGAGGAGAUCAUGAAGAAAUAUCUCAUCCCCAAGAAGGGCGCCGACUCCAUGGAGGAUAUUCAGCUGCGUCUGGCGUCACGGUUUGUCAAUGAGGCCGUCAUGUGCUUACAGGAAGGCAUCUUGAUCUCGCCGGUUGAAGGUGAUAUCGGAGCCGUCUUUGGCCUGGGUUUCCCACCAUUCCAUGGAGGACCCUUCCGCUUUGUGGAUCACUUCGGAGCGGCCAAGUUGGUGGCCACGAUGGAGAGAUACCAGGGCUUGUACGGGGACGAGUUUGCCCCCUGCCAACUCCUGAAGGACCACGCCAAGGACCCGGCCAAGAAAUUCUACCCCUAGUCCGUCUCAUAGAAGCCACCGUUGCACUCAGCGAAAAAAUCAAACGACAGAGCCAAGCGUUGGCCUACAUUGUAACCUUCAUUUU